AGAGCCUCAGGAGGGGGCGUGGGGGAGCCCAGGGAACGGCCUGCGGUCGAUUUGCUGCCCCUAAACUGUGCGCCCAAGUGCGUGGAGUGGACCCAGCCCUGGGAAGGGAUCUGACGUCAAGCCCAGAGGUGGUUUCCAGCCGGAGCUGUCAGGCAGCGCGUUAGGUAUUAAAGAGCCAUCCAACAGCCCCAGCCCCCUCCUCUCCCAAACCUCCCACCACACAAAGGGAGAGGGGGCAGCCCGGAGCUGGAGUGAGGCGGGGAGCGGAGCCCGGCAGGGGAAUGAAACCCAGGAGGAAAAGCUUUAACCAGGAGCGGUCUGCAGGCAGCUCCACCAUGUCAGACAGCGACCUCGGAGAAGAUGAUGGGGCUGCCUCUCUGGAACUGUUGCAGUCGAACAAGAGGAAAAGAAGAGGGAACCUCCCAAAAGAAUCAGUGAAGAUCCUCCGAGACUGGCUCUACGAGCAUAGGUUCAAUGCAUAUCCAUCUGAGCAAGAGAAACUCAGUCUGUCUGGACAGACCAACCUCUCUGUGCUGCAGAUCUGUAACUGGUUCAUCAACGCCCGCCGGCGGGUCCUCCCCGACAUGCUGCGCAAGGACGGCAAGGACCCCAACCAGUUCACCAUCUCCCGCCGAGGGGGCAAGACCACAGACGUGGCCCUGCCUCGGGGGGCUGCCAUGGGCGCUGGGGUGCUGGUGAUGCCUCCUGUGGCUUCCGCGACGGCUGCUGGCAGCACCCCCCCCAAAGUGCUGGCAGUGCCUGUGAGCCCCCAGGUGAUCUGUCACCCUGCGCAGCCACUGGCCAGCAGCCUGACAGCGGGGAGCACCCCCGGGACCCAGCAGGAGAAGCCCCCUGUUCCCCGGAUGGAGCCAGACCCCCACCCCAAGCCUCCACUGAGCACAACGAGCAGCACCAUGGCGCUACUGGCCAGGACGGACGCAGCCAGCCCCACCAACGGACUCUUUAACACCCCACCCCCCACGCCGCCCGAGCUCUUCGGCGAGGACUUCAGCAGCUUCCAGCUGCUGGUAGAAGUGGCACUGCAGAAGGCGGCCGAACUGGAAUCGCAGCGGCAGAAUGGGCAGCUACCCCCCUUAUGGCACCCAGAGCCCCAGGCGGCCCCAGGCUCCAAGUAACCUGCCCUGUGCCAGUUCCAGCUGGGUCUGCUUGCCCUUCCCAUCUCCCAGGGCUCUUGUCGGGUUUGGCCUCUGCCAGCCAAAGGGUUGGGUUGGUUUGGUUUUGGUUUUAUUUUUUCUUCCUCAGCAGUAAGACCCUCUCCCCAGGCGUUCUCCAGAGAUGCAGCCUGCUCCCCGCAAGAGCCUGACCCCUUUCGGGCCUCCACAGAGCAGCCCUGGUGGACUGGAGCAUCUUCACCUUCUCAUUGUCCCCACCUUCGGAAGCUGUCAAAUGUGCCCCACGCCUCUGGUUCCACCCUGGGUUUCUGACAUCAUGCUGGUGACACCACCUCUGUGGCAGGGCCCAAGGGAGGUAGCCUGGCUCCUUGGAAGGAUCUGAUUGGCUGAUGUGACGAGAGUUUUUUGGCUGGCUGAGUGUUGCUGCCUAAGACUCUGAAAACCUGCUGACUUUGUGAGACAAAAACAAAUGAAGAGGCCAGCAACAACCAAGGGGGGGAAGGUGUGGGGCGGGGACACCUUCCAGAUGUUGAGCACUCCAGGAGGAAAAGACUUUCCCCUGAACUUCCCUGGGCCACCUCUUUGUUUCUGCCUUGUAUAUAUUUUGUGGAUGGAAGGGUCUGCCUUGAAUGGCCCUGGAGAGCCUGUGGAAGGGCAAAGAUCAAACUAACUGGAAAUCUUAAAUCUGUGGCAUUUUUUUCCAUUGAAGGAAAGAAAACCCCUUAACGUUGUUAUUGCCAGUAAAAUCUCCGAGGUGCUGUUCAGCCGUCUUAGAUGCUGAGAACAUUUCUUGUUUGUGACUUUUUCCUUUGACAAAUGCUUCCA